AUGGCGCCCAGACAAGACGAGGACGACCCAGUCGUCGCCAGCUUCAAUGUAUUCAUAAAUGCAGCCCUACCUGCAAACCAAAGACUCCUCGCCCUACACCAAUCCGUGCGCUUCGACGAAGGUAGUUCUCCCGCCUUCCCUCGACCACCGACCGAAGUGCGCAUCAAGCCCGAUUCCGGCCUCGUUGAAGUCGAUGUGCCGCUCGACUUACUCGACAAUUACGACCGCGAGAAAGGCAUGCAGUAUGGACGGGCGCUUAAAGAAACUUUAGAGGCCAAGGCUGGCGGGUCGCAUGGCCUGGCUGGUGGGUUUGGUGUUGGAGCGCCCGCGGCGCCUCUUGGGAGGAAAGGAGAGAGGGAGAGGGAUAGGGAGAGGAGGGCUGAGUGGGCGGAUGAGGUGCGCGCGGAUAGGGUUCUGAGGAGCCAAACGUUGGGAGGCAUCAUCCCGAAGAAAGAGCCAGUGAACUACAUGAUAGGCGUCUUCCAAGGAGGCGACCUCCACCUAACACCCGCCUCAGCCUUCGUUAAUCUCAGCCCCCAACUCCACCACGUCGACGCCAACAACCAACUCGAACGCUUCACCUCCUCCACACAAGGCGGCGCCAAAGAAGCUGGAGCCAACGCCACCGGUACGGGAACGGGUCCCGGCCCAGCCGCACGCGCCAUCCACAUGACGAUCAAGACCGCCAACAACGGCGACGCCGUCGUCACCGAGACGAUGGCUGAUCGCCUCCGCGCCGUGCAGUCCGAGCCCUGGCGUAAGAUGCGGUUCGUCGACGAGAACGAGCUUGAGGCGUGGGAUGUGUUUUCGCAGACUUUUGUCCCGCUGAGGGAGAUUAAGGAGGGCGGAGAGGAAGACGCCGAGGAGGAGGUUAAGUCUCUGAAUGCUGAUUUGGAUAAGGUUCCUUGGCUUGAGACCCCUUGGGGCGUUGAUGAUAUCGAGGCGAAGAUUGCUAGGCGGCAGGCUGUAUUGCCGUUUGAGCAGCCAAAGCAGGAAGCCGGUCCUGGUGAUGGGACCAAGGUCCCGGGCAAGGGCCCCGGCGACCACAGCAAGGAGAGGAAGGUCAAAGACUGGGGCGAGGGGAGGCAGCACAACUGCUAUGGAAAUUGA